UUAGAAUAGCAGCAUUUGUUCCGUAAAUGCGUCAUGAACUGUGCUAAAUUAACGCCAAACAUUGGUUUCCGAUUUUUAGACAACCACAAUACGAUAGUUGUUGUGGCCAAUAAUUGCUAUUAAAUUAGAGAUCUGCCUACGUGUGCUAGUUUCAGUAGACAGAAAUCAGAAUACUUGUGGCUGUGAAUGGUGGCAAAUCUGCACACACCAUACGUCAGGCCUCCUUGCUAUGCCUAACAACUAAUUAUCUCUAGCUAUUCGACUAAGCGAAGACCUCAUAUGACGCGCAGACGAAUCAAUUGUCUACCCAUGGCUUUUUCUUGGCCAGUUCUGCUGGUCGUUGGAAGGUCCUUUCUACAUAACAGCUGUCAUGCCCUUGAAAUAGGUCCUAGUACGGCUGCUGACCAACUCAAGUCAACAAAGGCUUUUUCACAGAACUAUGCCAGAGCUAUACAAGACCAGCACGUUAAUUCUAGGCCUCUCUCGAGGAUCAACUUACCUUUAAUCAGGAACUGGUUCCAACCAUAUCACCAAAAAUUCCCUAAAGUCCUCUUUAUAGGGGAUCACCUUUACGGACGUGGUAAUGAAAAUGAGGCUGGAGAACUAAAGGGACAUCCGUCAAGAUCUAUCUAUGAACGAAAAAAGUACAUUAAGAUAAGAGAAGAAAUGGCAGCAAAACGACAGGCUGGCCUGGACCGAUUGCUGAAGCUUACUGUGCCCCUACCAGAGAAUCCGACUUGUCUCAACGAACUCGCGGGAUCGAUAAGGCGUCAUCGCGAGCGUCGAGAUACAGCAGUGGUAUCCCAUUACACUCCUGUCGACUCUAACAUGGUUGAAAACUAUAAACCUAGUGAAUUUGGGCAAGCGAUGGAACGAAUGAUUGGUCUGACUUCUCCAACGACGCGGUCACGUCUGCAGUCACUAUGGAAGCGAUUGCAGUCCCUUUUGAUAACAACUGCGUCGUCUUCGUUCGCUGGUGGAAACUCGGAGCGUGCAGACGAACUCACCAAAGCGCUGUUCCAACAAUUGUUUAAACAAUUCGAUCUGCCCGCAAUUCUGCGGCGACGGGCAGACAAACUUCGUCGCCGAGCGGGCGGGCCAAGUCCCGCAUCCACCGACGACAAUUCGACCGAAUUUAACGGAGAGAAGGCCUCCGACGAUAGUAUUCGAGUUGUGGACUUCGGUAACCAGGCAAGCAAAAAUAGUGAUAUUACGGAGACAGUUGAACCGGACAAAACGGCUAAUGGAGGGACGCAUGGAGAUCAACAGAUCCGACAAUGGUUAGGAAUGGUUACCGAAGAAGAUCAGAAACUAGCUCAGAACGAAGAAAUUCAGGUGGACCAAAACUUAACAAUAACAGAUAUCAUUACUGCGUCAAGUACUACUCCAAAACCAUCGCCAACACCGUCGACAAGCAAAAAUUCGGCCAUGCAGCUUCAGCGAAAAAAAGGUCCUGUUCAGGCUGCUGUUAGGCUGCCUCAGAAGCAUGCAAAGGGCGGCAUCAGACGAUUUCAACCCGUACAGGGAAAAGAACUGCUUGAUGAAUAGUCGGACGCACCACUUCUCCCGCUCGAGAAGUAGCAACAGAUAAAUAUCGAUGUCAGCUUACUUAGAACGGCGGCGGAUGAAUGUACGCAUCCAAAAUGAAUCAGCAUCUCAGAAAUAUAUCUCGCUUCCACCUAUUGUUCGGCUUAUGACCUCUCGCUUAUACGGGUUUUUCAAAUCGUCUUCGCUUGUUGUGAGCUGAGACUGGCAAGCCCAGUCAAGUGCCAUGGAGCAGCGACACAGAGCGUCGCAUUUUGAGCUAAAAAAACACGAUGGCAAACCGAUGCCCUGGAAGAAGCCGUAUUUAUUUACUACGAAUGCUUGCAGUGUGCAAUAUCAGAUACGUGAAAAUGGAACCUGUACUAAACCAAGUACAUGACUGAACUCAUUUGUGUACUAGUUACAUUUAUUCGAGUUCUUCACAUAUGAAGUAUUUAACUGCGACCUGUAUAAGUACACCGGUAAGAAGUAGUUCUCCAUUGUAAAUAUGCUAAAACUUUUCCAAGUAAAUGGGGUCCGUACACGUUCAAUGCUAUUUAUAUUUCAUCAUCGAUACAUCUUUUAUAUAAAUGGCCGGCUCAUUUCAUUAUCUUUGAUUAUCACGUUUGAAUUCCUACCUUGUUAUACCCAACCUGAAUGACGGUGUUUCGAGUUUUACGUCCAUUAUCGCCGUUAUGCAUUCGCUCAGACGGUCGGCUCAUAUCACGAAAUGAACCGUGUGUCUAUGCCUAAGUUUGAACCUUGACCACCACGUGUCCUUAAAAUUAGUAUGCAAAUACUUUUAUCCACUAGGUCAUCACAGGUACACUUGACUAAAUUAAGUUAGCUGCAGAUUAUUUAUCCUACUUGGAACCUGUAAACAGAAAUGUACUGCUACACGAAUUUGAUACGGUGGACGAAAUAAAAUCUUUUAUUAGUAUUAUGCACUUCGCUGUGUUGAAAGGAUCUGUUAUAAAAGAUGUUAAACACGAUUUAUGUGUUAAAUAAGUUUGAAGUAGACGUCCACUUCUACGAUAAACUGCAUGGGGCACUUUCAAAUACACUUACUUGCAAUCAGGUCAGCAUUGUAAAUGCUGAUUCAUACGUCACAAUUUUGCAACGGCAAUAACUUAUUUUUCUCUAAAACUGAUAUUUCGUUAUCUCAUUAACAUCCCUACUGAACACGGAUAGCGCCAGUGAUCAAAAAUAAAGCUUUUCUUUUUUCUAGUGAUGGAUCGUUAA